AUGGGAAAAACACUUGCAUUCUGGUCACCGUUAGCUAUCAAAGACAUGGGCAUCCUGAUUGUUGUGACUCCACUUACCCAGCUCGGGGAACAAAGUGUCAGUUUCCUCGAAAAAGCUGGUAUACAAAGUAUCUCAAUCUCUACUGAGACAGCGAGUAGGGCAAAUUUCCGCGAAAUCGAAGACUCACAUUACCGUGCAAUUAUAACCAGCCCAGAACAGCUGAUGAAACCAGGCAGAGAUAUUGACUUUGCGUUGAAGUUAAUUGGUGUCAUCUUUGAUGAAGCACACUGCAUUCUUGUCGCUGUUCAUGUAUCCACCGACCAUCCAAACAUCAAGAUUGGAGUCUGCAAAAUCAAAUACUCACUUGCGUCUUAUGCAGAUCUUGCAUUCCUCAUACCUACCGGCAUGAAAUCAGACGAUCCGGCACCACCGAAAUUCCUCGUUUUUUUCGACAGCAUCCAAGAAGGAAUAAAUGCCACGAAGUACUUGCAGGCACGUCUUCCGCCAGAUCUACGAAACAAAGUCAAAUGGUUCAACUCCAACAUGACUACUGGAUUUAAGGCAGCCGAAGUCACAAACCUCGUUGCUAGAGAUACGUAG